UUUUUUGCACUUCUCCAACUGGUUUUUCCCGUUCCGGGUGGGCGUGCGCGUACCGGCUGCGGAGCACAGCCUGGAGAAGCGGUUUGGCGUCGCGGCUGGGUUCUCCUGGGGAAUGUGAUUGGAGGCGCGGGUGCGUUCUCCUGGGGAAUGUGAUGAUUGGAGGCGCCAGGAAGCCUGACCACCUGUGAAGGGCUUGGCGCUGACUUCUGGGCGGAGUCGCUCAUUUUCCAGCCUUUUCUUCGGUGGCAGAGGCAGGAGUAGAAGGCUUGUCGCUCUUAGGUGACUAAGCAGUUUCACAAAUAAGCAGCAACUUUACAGAUAAUUAGGCUCAACUCAGAGGAAGUGGAAUUUCUCCUGGUGCACAAUGUGUACCACCUCCAAUGAGGCAAAGACUCCAACUGCUACUUGUGAUGAUCCUGGUGGUGAUCUUGGUGAUGGUCUUAGUGGUGGUAGUGGUGAAGAGAGCAGUAUUCCUGUUGACUGUCCAGAGGAUUCUCCAUCUGUGAAUCCUCAGGAACAAUUUCAACCGAACAUACCCCACACUGAAGAACCAAGACAAUUUCUGGUGGUCAUUAGCCAAUGUCAGGUCAUAUAUGAUGCCAUUCAACUGCUAGAUAAGAAGUGUGAUGCUAUUGAUAGAAAGGUGUCAGAAAUUCAACAUUCACAAGUGAAACACGGUUGGGACUCUCCUAAGCAACUCACAAGACAGAGCUUCUCAGAUUUGGAAAGAGCUGAAGCCGAGGAAAUGGAGAGAAUAGAGCAUUUCACUUCAUUUUCUCACUCUGAAAGUUAUAGCCCAAGUUCACCAGUUCGCAGACCAGAAGAUAGUGGUGAGGAAAAUAUGAUGCCAUUUUUGGAUUAUGAAGAAUCACAGGAAAUCGAGCAGGAACCCCUGCAGGAGGAGGAGCCAGUCUGUGGUGGUUCACCAGUUCCUAACCAGUGCUGUGGCCGUACUCACUGUACAUGUGUGAGAUAUCCUGAUAUGCCUGCCAGCCCCAGGUAUCCUGACAGCAACAGCAUGUCGCCUACAGAAAUUUCCACAAUAUCACAUUCACCAACUCUGACCCAGAGAUAUUCCGGCCUGAAACGUAACUUGGACAUGAGCAGCUCUUCUGGGUGCCCGGAGAGUAAGCAUCCUAGAACAUCUUUCCAAUACUCAGCUGAUUUUGCUACAAGUUCUCCAAUUGAAUCUAAAACUGAUACUGUGAAACACACCUUCCCUGAAAACCCUUUAAACUGGUCUGUGGAAGAUGUGAUCCAGUUUCUGAACCAUACAGAUCCUCAGAUAUCAGGCUCCCUCACCUGGCUCCUGAGGACACAGGAAAUUGAUGGGAAAGCCCUGAUGCUGCUCAAUAAUGACAUAAUCAUUAAGUAUAUGGGUUUGAAGCUGGGGCCAGCCCUGAAGCUAUGCCACUACAUUGAAAAGCUUAAAGAAAACCAAGGUGUUUUCAGAAAUGUAAAUUGAGCUUACCAAUUCAUUUUCUUGUCCUUAGUUUUUGUUUUGCUGACAGUUCCUCUAAAAAUGUUACAUCCAGAAUUGCAAAACUAUGUUAUAGUUAAGUCUACUUCUUGAAAAGCCAUUUAACAUGUUAACAUUAACAUAUUCAAACUGGACGUUCAUUCCAUCUCUGUUUUUAUUAUUUUUUAUGUACAGUUUACAAAUAUAUUUCAUGCAAAAAAUAUAUAUUUCAAGCAGCAAAACAAAACAAAACCAAAAAUUUUUGAUUUGGGAGAGGAAGUACCAGGGAUUGAAAACUUCUAUAAUUAAAUCCAAGAGAAUUUUACCUCAGAAGAGAAUUUAAAGUUAAAUCUGUAGCUAUCAUAUCUUUCUCAGAUAUUCUGAUACUGUAAUGUACUGUUCGUGUUCUACCAAUUUCCACAAAAGCAAUAGGCAUGUAAAUUAUUUGCCUCUCUAUUACUUCUUUGUAUAGUUUUAUUUGUUCAAAUUUAGUGGAGAAAACCAUUUAUAAAGCUUCAUCAAAUGUUCUUACCAGUUUUGAGAUAAACUGUAGGAUAUAUGGAAUGACCAUUCCAUGCAAGAAAUAUACUGCAAGAGUAGUCUGGAUGGAGUCUUAUUAUAAUUUGUUCCGAGAAAUACCUAUUAUUUUGACGUUUCCAUAUUUUAGUUUAAUUGGGCAUUCAAAUAAGAAUUCAUUGUUCACAUCGUUCUAUUAGGAUAUGUAUAUCCCAGUUUUUAAAAGAUAUGUUUUUAUUGUAUAUGUUUAUUCCUCAUAUAUGUACUGUUUCAUAUUUACAUUUCAUUCUAAAACAAGUAUACAUGCAAGUAAAUCUUUACUUUUUGAAUUUAAAAUGGCACUUUGCACUGUUAACAGAGGUAAUGAGGAACUUUUUCUUACUGAGGUGUUUUUAUACUUUAAAAAAUAUAUAUGCAUCACUUGCCAUCCCUGGUACCUUUCAACUUAACUCUUCAGGGAAUGAGAAACAAUCUCUAGAUUGAUUUCCAUAUAAGGAAGAUCUCUGUUCUAUAGUGUUCCUAACUUGCCUAGUUCUGAGCCAUUUAUCCUUUUAAACUUUGGAAGAUACAUUAGUUCUAACUUAUUGUUAUGAGCUAUAUUUCAUAAUUUAAAAAUUUUAAGAGAAAUAUAUCGUUAUUAUUUAUUACAUUGUUUAACUUUUGGAACAAUACAAGCUAUGAAAACUGUUGCUAAUAGUAUCAGCCGUUUGUUAUAAAUAACAAUAGAACGUUCACCAGGUGCAAGAAAACCAAAUGUUCUUUAUAUACAAGUGCAACUAUUUACUGGAUACAUGUGGUUUAAGGGAUGACUUAAUUUAUGUUAUCCAUUAUAUAAAAUGACAUUCUAACUUAAACUUGGUCUUCUUUCAAAUUGUUUAUGUGAAGAUGCUGUACUAUUUCUCAGGUGUUUUGAAAUACUGUUUCACUCUUUCCAAU